AGGGCCGGGACCAGCUCGUUUCGCUGUGGUUCUCGCACCGCCGCCACCCGCAGGGACCCGGCAGGAGCGCGGGCGCGGGAGUGGCCGGAGACCCCGCUGACCUUGACUGCGUAGAGUGGCCGGGGGGAGGGAGCGGGGGAAGCGGAAGCUUCCCCGGGACCUGGGAAGGAGACCAAGGGCCAUGGCCGAGACGGCUCCUAUUCGGGCAUUCUUGACCUUUGACGAUGUGGCUGUAUAUUUCUCUGAGAAGGAGUGGGGAAACCUGGAAGAGUGGCAGAAGGAAACCUACAAGCAUGUGAUGAGGACAAAUUAUGAGACCUUAACGUCCUUGGACCAUGCUGUCCCAAAACCAGACUUAAUAUCCUGGAUUGAACAGGGUAAAGAACCAUUCAUCAAAGAUCUGGUGGAUUUGAAGAGAAGAGAAACAGUGGUCACUUGUGGUGAUGAUGGGGAAUGUAACCUGGAAAGCACUGAGGGGUGGAAGUUUUUUGGUGAGGUGAGCCUACCACUCAUGAGGGCUGAUGAUUUCCCUUGGAUUAAGCAAGGCAUCAAACCACUUAUUUUGGAUCACUUGUACUUAGAAGAAAGAACAGACCCAACAUGCCCUAUUCCAGAGUGCCAGGUUGCUGUGAGUACAAGAGAAGAGGAAUUCCAUUUGGAUGAUCAUCAAAGCCAAGAUUUACUUAGAUCUUCACCAUGGAAAAAAGGAAAUCUUUGCUCCAUAUCUGUUCAAAGAACUACCUUGAGAUACCUCCACAUUCAAAACAAAAGCCCUGUUUUUCUAAAAGCUCACAGCAUUAAGGGGUUCUCCCAGAGGAAAAGAGUCCUGAAUCAUAAAAUCGCAGGCCCCCUGGGCUGUCAGGAAGUCUCCCUAGGACAGAGAUGCUUCCAUUGCUCUGUGGCUAAUAAAAGCUUCCACGGGAAAGGUCACUUGGUACUCCACCAAGGGUGCCAUCCCAAGGAGGAACCCUGCCAGUGUUCAAAGUGUGAGAAGCCAUUAAGCAGCAAGUCUAACUUCAAGCAAAGCCAGAGAUUCUGCUACCAGGAGAAGCCCUUCCAGUGCCACCAAUGUGAGAAGAGCUUCUGUGCAAAAUGGAGUCUGAUUGCUCACCAGCUGGUUCACAAAGGAGAGAGGCCCCUGUGGGGCCCCAAGGGAAGCAGAAGUUUCUGCUGCAAGGUCAACUUAGAGGAGCUUCAGCACAUACCCAGCUGGGGGAACCUGUUCCCCUGUGAAGAAUGUGGGAAGAGCUGCCUGGGAUCCUACACGCAUACACAUCAGGGCCUGCACAGUGGGGAGAAGCCAUUUUCCUAUGGUGGGUGUGGCAAGGUCUUCACCUUUCAAUCUAUUCUCAGCACCCACAUGAGAAUUCACAGUGCAGAAAAGCCCUUCCACUGCCAAAAGUGUGACAAGAGCUUCUGUAGGAAAACCUCCUUCAAGUUUCACCAAAACUCACAUGUUGAACAAAUAUCAUUCUCUUGUGGGGAGUGUGGCAAGUGGUUCACCUGCCAGUCUAGCCUUACUGAUCACAUCAGUGUCCACACUGGGGAAAAACCCUUUCCAUGUCCCAAGUGUGAUAGGAAGUACCGCCUAAAGAGAAGUCUGAAGGUACAUCUGAGACUGCACAAUGGAGAGAAGCCCUAUCCCUGUGGUGAGUGUGGCAAGAGUUUUAUCCAUCGGUCCAAGCUCACAGAGCACAUCAGAGUGCACAGUGGGGAGAAGCCCUUCCAAUGUCCUGAGUGCGAUAAAAGCUUCAGCCAGAAGUCUUCUGUGAAAAUCCACCGGCGUCUUCAUACCGGAGAAAGACCAUUCUCCUGUAGCGAGUGUGGGAAGCGCUUCAACAAACAGAACAACCUCAACCAGCACGUCACACUCCAUACUGGAGAGAAGCCUUUUCAGUGUCCUGAGUGUGACAGAUGCUUCCGACUAAAGAUAAACCUGAAGGCCCAUCUCAUCCAGCACAGUGGGGAGAAGCCAUUUUCCUGUAGUGAAUGCAGCAAGAGCUUUACCCGAAGAUUUUUACUCACCAAACACCUCAGAGUCCACAACAGAGAGAAAUCGUUCUCCUGUGGGGAGUGUGGAAAGAGCUUCAUCCGUCGGUCUCAUCUCACCAGUCACAUUGGAGUACACAAAGGGCAGAAGCCAUUCUCCUGCGGUGAAUGUGGCAAGAGUUUCAUGGAACAGCCGGAGCUCACUAACCACAUCAUGGGCCAUAGUGGGGAGAAACCCUUCUCGUGCAGCGAGCGUGGUCGAAUCUACAGCCAUCGGUUUCAGCUCACUGAACAUAGCAAAGUCCACAGCAGGGAAAAAUUAUUCCCAUGUUCUGAGUGCAAAAAGAGUUUCAGCCAUAAGCUUGCCUUGAAAGUGCACCAGCAAAUACAUAUAAGGGAGAGGCCAUUCGCAUGCAGUGAGUGUGGCAGAAGAUUUACUUAUAAAGGUGCGCUCAACACCCACCUCACAGUUCAUGCUGGGGAAAGAUUCAAUGGUCCUAAGCCAGACAAGGUUCCCAGCAGUGACAGCCCUUUGGACCAUUAUUGGAGUUAAUAUAAAAUGGGCUGUACAAAAGAUAUGGUAGAACUGUGAUCUACUAGAAAGCCAGAACCACAUAAAGACCAGACCAAUGUGUGGAAUGGAGGUCUCCACCAUCUGGUAGAUCCAGAGUGUGAAGGACCAUGAAGGGUCUUCCUUCUAUAAGGAAUGCUGCAGUGCUGCUGCUUUGUCCUUCAUUGAAAGGGGCAUCUGGCCUCAUGUUGUUUUUCUUACCUUAUUAAGGGCUGUCCAACGUACUGAGGGAACUCCUUGUUCCUACCCAACAUGCACAUACCUCCAGACAUAGAAAACUCUGAAAUCAGAGCUUGAGUAAUAUGUGUGAAUGAAAACUCCUCUCCUACUUCAUCCCAUCUGGAUUUCACCUUCUCAGGACUAUUGAUUAAACUGAAAGGAUUCUCUUUAGAAAUUCCAUAUAAAAAUUCCAGAGUUGCAACAGACCUGUUGGCAGGAUAGUUGGAAUGACAGUCAGUACUUCAAGGAUCAGGGAUUCCAUUCAGUUUGGGUAACUCCUUUCACCUUUAGAGCUUACAACUCUUCUGUUACUGCGGAGAGGGUCUUCAAGAAUUGCUGUGGUUGAAGAAUUCGUCUCCCUGCAGCCAACUUGGUGGAGUUUCUCAAUUCAGUUGGACUGGUGCUCUGAUGACAUAUAUGCAGGUUGCCUGCUGCACCAGAAGCCUUACCAGCGUCAUGGGAGUUGCCAGAUUUAAUUUGUCUUCCAUUGGUGUGGCCUUGGAGAACCCCAGGUCACCCCUAUUCUUCUCAAAGCAAGAACUCACCAAUUCAACCAGAACUGUUGUAUUUAUUGAGAUUUGGAAAUGGUGCAUCAUGUCAUAGGAAUUUUUUAUUGUUGUUCAGCCGUGUCUGACUCUUUGUGACCCUGAAGGGGGUUUUCUUGGCUAGGAUACUGGAGUGG